UAUUAUUAUAUAUAUAGAGAGUAAUUUAAUGCCACAUUUCACAUGUCACAUUUCACAUUUCUCAGUAAACAUUUUAAUUGAUAUUUUCAAUUGAUUUCUUCAUUCAAUGAUUCCUCUUAGUUAGUAGCGCGAGAAUAAGCCCUUUUAGUGGCACUAAAUCUUUAUUCUCGAGGCCAUUUUAUCAAUUUGAUCAGUUGACCUUUUAUUAGGCAGGUAUUUGAUAAUAUCGACUGCAAAUAAUAUGAGCAGUUAAAAUACCAACAAUUUACAAUUUAUACCACCAGCCUCACCUCUACCACCACAUCAAUUACCCAUCAUUCCCACGCACAUAUUUAAAUCCAAUUUCUACUAACAGUAUGAGUCAAAAUGAUAAUACUACUGCUAACGAACAUAAUAAUCCAGUAACAUUUAAAUCCUUACCAAUUGAUAUUAUAGAAAAUAUCCUCAAAUACGUUGAUAUUUCUGAAAUAAUUAACAUAUAUACAAAUCAUGAUUUAUUGCAUUUUCUGAAUAAUUUACGUUAUGCUUUAUCAAAUAAAAUACUCACAUCAAACUUAACAUAUAAUAAUAGAGUCGAUUAUUUAUCAUAUCUACAUAUGUAUAAAUUAACUCCUAUAUUUGAAGAUAAAUCUCAAUAUGUUUAUUUGAAAACUUUUACUGACUUUGAAGAAUUAUUGAAUUUAAAUUUUAAUUAUAAACGAUCUAUCACUAUAAGUUAUUAUAUAUGGACACUAACAGAUCUUGUAGAUUUAGAGGAGAAUUUGAAAAAAUUAUCAGAAAACAAUUAUAACAGAGCAUACGAUUAUAAAUUCAAUUUAGAACUUGAAUUUGAUCCAGAUAUAGAAUAUAAGAUUGACCCAAUUCGAUUGUUCACUAUUUUAAACGAUUUUUCAAAUCGGGUUAAAUUGCAUUCCUUAAUUAUUUAUAAUUUCAAACAGAAGUAUACAUUGAAUAUUCAAAAUUUUAUUCAUUUAACUAGAUUAUGGUUAGAUAAUUGUCAAAUAAGUGUUAAUUUUGCUGGUGAAUAUAGACCUGGAUUUGACUUAAAAAUUGAUGUUAAUAAUAAAAUUAAAUUUAAACUUCAAUUAUCAUCAAUUUCACUUGAAAGCUUUGAAAAUCUUCGACUAGCUGGAUCAAUUGAGUUAAAAUUGGAUAGUUGGAAAUUGUAUAAAUGUAUAAAAACUUUAGAACUAUCUAAUUUACCAAGCUUUGUUGGUAUUACAACAGAUAGCAUACAUGGUAUUCCAUUACCUAAUCUGGAAGAAUUGAUCAUUGAAGAUCUACCAAUCCAAAGAGUCAAUUUGAAUGAAUCAUACAUAAAAUCCAAUUCUAAUUUGAAAAGAAUCGGUUUGACUGGAAUAUAUAUGAAUCCAAAUAUAUCAUUCUUUGAAUCUAAAGUGGAGAAUAUAAAAUUAACUAAAUCAUGUCCAUCGUUAAUAUACGAUAUUAAAUAUCCUCCUACAUUAACUGAAUUAAAUUUAAGUAACAAUAAACUUAAAGAUCUAACAUUUAUAAAUGAUCCUAUAUUAAUACCAUCAACAUUAAAGAAAUUAAAUCUUGCUGAUAAUCAACUUGAUUGGAAUCUGUUUAUACCAAAUUUCUUACGAUUUACUAAUCUUAAAUACUUGAAACUUUCCAAUACUAAUAUUCAAAAUAAUUUAAUUAAUAUAAAAUUCCCAGAUUCAAUUGAGACUUUAUCAUUAGAAGUAAAUCAAAUACCUUCUAUUGAGUAUGUACAUUUUCCAUUGAAAUUAAAGGAUUUAGGAAUUGGUUGUAAUAAUAUUAAACUUAUAAAGCAUCAUUUAUUACCUUCAGGAUUGUAUGUAAUACAUUUAACUGAAAAUUAUUUAUCUAAAGUAAUUAGAUUAGAUAAAAAUGAUCGAGGAGAAAUUAUGAAUCUAGAAGUAUUAUAUUUAAAUGCUAAUGAAAUUAAAGAUAUUCAUCAUAUAAAAUUACCACCUCAUUUAAAAGUAUUAAAUCUUGAUUCAAAUAACAUUGAAAGAAUUAUUGAUAAAACUUUUCUGUCAUCUAUUCAUGAAUUAAGUAUUGUGGGAAAUAAAAUAGAACAAUUUAAACAAGUUUCAUUUGGUCCAAAUCUGAAAUUAAAAGUAUUAGAUUUAUCAUUAAAUUCAUUAACUAAAUUUGAUCUAUCCAUAUUACCUAAAUCAAUAUUAUAUUUAAAAUUGCAUUCCAAUCAAAUUAAUUUCAUUAAAGAAAAUUCAUUUGAUGAACUUAAGAAAAUUCGAUAUCUUGAUUUAUCAAACAAUCAGUUGACUUCAUUUGAGUAUACACUUCCUGAAAGUCUUAAACAAUUGAAAGUUAAUAGAAAUAAGAUUAAUCAGUUCAGAAUAAAGUUUGAUUCUAAUUCUUCUCCUCAAAUACUGUCAAUAUCAUUAUACUCUAAUAAAAUUGAUCAAUUGUCUGCAAAAUCAUUAGGUUCAUCAGAUUCUACUAAGCUAUUAAAAUUGGUAGAGUUAGAUAUAUAUGGAAAUCCACUUUUGAAUCAUCAUAAUGUAUCUGAUUUGAUUUUGGAAUUAAUAAGAAAUUCCAUUAAUUUAUCUGCUAUGUUUGCUGUACUUGGACGAGAAGAUCAAUUCUAUUCUCGACAUUCUCUGAAUUAUUUCACAUUUUCUGUUUGUUCAGAUAAACGAAUUGAUGAAAUGGACAAUGAUAGUGAUUUAUCAGAUCAAGAUAGUGAUGAUUCUUCUUUCUACUAAGCUGUACAUAU